AUGCCUUUCUCACAUCACAGCCACUCCGGGCAAUUCUGCCCGGGACACGCCAAAGACUCGCUGGAGGAGGUCAUCCAGCUCGCUAUUGCAAAGAAAUUCCAGGUCUUCUGCCUGACCGAGCAUAUGCCGCGGGGCAAAGAGGAUUUCUAUCCCGAAGAGAUCGAAGCAGGCAACACUGAGACGAGCCUGGUUGCCAACGAAGCCGCAUACUUUCAAGAAGCGCAACGGCUGCGCGAGAAGUAUGCAGACCAAAUCAAGAUCCUGAUUGGGUUCGAAAUCGACUGGAUCCGUCCGGAAUCCCGCACGCUCAUCGAGGCGUCUCUGGCGCGUCACCCCUUCGAGUUCUUCAUGGGCUCCGUCCACCACACGCUGACGAUCCCCAUCGACUACGACCGGGAGAUGUACGUACAGGCGCGGGAUCUGGCCGGCGGCACGGACGAGCAGCUCUUCCAGGUGUACUUUGACGAGCAGUACCAAAUGCUGCAGCAGUUGAAGCCGCUGGUCGUGGGUCAUUUCGAUCUGAUCCGGUUGAAGAGUGACGACCCCGAGCGGAGCUUUACCCAGUGGCCUGCCGUUUGGGAGCGUAUCCUGCGGAAUCUGGACUUCGUCGCGUCAUACGGCGGACUGCUGGAGUUGAACUCGGCUGCGCUACGGAAGGGCAUGAGCGAGCCGUAUCCUAAAGCGGAGAUUUGCAAGGAAUUCCUGACCCGAGGAGGUCGAUUCUGUUUGUCCGAUGAUAGCCAUGGACUCGACCAGGUGGGACUAAACUUCCACCGUGUGCUGGCCUUUGUGGAAAACGUGGGGAUCUCGACGUUGCAUUAUCUGGAUUUGGCCGAUGAGCCCGCCGUGGACGAACGGUUCCCGCGGACGCAGAUUCGGUCGAUUCCGUUGCAAGAGCUGAAGAAGUUGGCAUUUUGGCAGUAG